AUGAGAAUUCCAAAAGCUCAGAACUUUAACGAAGAUAUCCACGACUUGGUGAUUCGGUCUUUCCGCUGCUAUGUCCUUGAUCUGGUCGAGCAAUAUGGAGGUGGUCAUCCUGGUUCUGCCAUGGGAAUGGUAGCCAUAGGUAUUGCUCUGUGGAAGUACACCAUGAAGUACUCGCCAAACGACCCAACUUACUUCAACCGUGAUCGUUUUGUCCUUUCUAACGGUCAUACUUGUUUGUUUCAGUACCUGUUUCAGCACUUGACUGGUCUCAAGUCUAUGACGGUCAAGCAAUUGAAGUCGUACCAUUCCUCGGACUACCACUCAUUGACUCCAGGUCAUCCCGAGAUUGAGAACGAUGCCGUUGAAGUAACCACCGGUCCUUUGGGUCAGGGAAUUUCCAACUCGGUUGGACUUGCCAUUGCCACAAAGAACUUGGCUGCUCUCUACAACAGGCCUGGUUUUGACGUUGUUAACAACAAGACAUACGCCAUCGUUGGUGAUGCCUGUCUCCAGGAAGGUCCAGCCUUGGAGUCGAUCUCUCUUGCAGGCCAUCUCGGUCUCAGUAACCUAAUCGUGAUCUACGAUAACAACCAGGUUUGUUGUGACGGAUCUGUUGAUAUCGCCAACACUGAGGAUAUCAGUGCCAAGUUCAAGGCUUGCAACUGGAACGUGAUUGACGUUUCUGAUGCGGCUGAGGACGUUGCUACUCUGGUGCGUGCUCUGGAGUACGCCGGCCGCGAAACUUCUAGACCAACCUUGAUCAAUGCAAGAACUGUUAUUGGUGCUGGUGCUGAGUUUGAGAACCAUUGCAAUGCUCACGGUAAUGCAUUGGGUGAGGCAGGUGUUCGUGCUGCCAAGGUUCGCUACGGAUUCAACCCCAACCAAAAGUUCUAUUUCCCCGAGGAAGUUUACGAUUUCUUUAGUGAAAUCCCUGCCAGAGGUGACAAGCUUGUUUCUGAGUGGAAACAACUUGUUUCUGCUUACUCCAAAGCCCAUCCGGAAGUGGCUGCCGAGUUCCUCGGCCGUACUAGAGGUGAGCUGCCCAAGAACUGGAAGAGUCUUUUGCCCUCUGAAGCACCUACAGAGGCUACUGCCACUAGAACUACUGCCCGUGAAUGUGUUCGUGCCUUUGGCAAAGGCGUUUCCAGUGUUAUUGCUGGGUCUGCCGAUUUGUCAGUUUCUGUCGAUCUACCAUGGGAGGGCGUGGAGUACUUCCUCAGUCCAGAGCUUGCUACAGAAUGUGGCCUUAGUGGUUCUUUCAGAGGUCGUUACAUUGAAUUUGGUAUUCGUGAGCAUUCUAUGUGUGCAAUUGCUAGUGGAUUGGCUGCUUUCAAUCCUGGUACUUUUGUCCCAAUCACAUCCUCAUUUUACAUGUUCUAUCUAUACGCAGCCCCAGCAUUGCGUAUGGCUGCCCUUCAGGAAUUGAAGGCCAUUCACAUUGCAACUCAUGAUUCCAUUGGUGCUGGAGAAGAUGGACCAACUCACCAGCCUAUUGCACAGAGUGCUUUGUGGAGAGCCAUGCCUAACUUCUAUUACAUGCGUCCAGCCGACGCUACUGAAGUUCGUGCAUGUUUUGAGAAGGCCGUUGAGCUUCCUGUCUCGUCGUUAUUGUCUCUGUCCAGACACGAAGUUCCACAGUAUCCCGGAACAUCUUCUCUUGCCAAAGCAAAGCGUGGUGGUUACGUCUUUAGAGAUGUUGAACGUCCAGACUUCCAGUUCAUUGGUGUUGGCUCCGAGAUGGAGUGGGUUGUCAAGGCUGCAGACCUUUUGACCAAGACUAAGGGAUACCGUAUCAGGAUUCUGUCUUUCCCAUGUCAACGUUUGUUUGACGAGCAGAGUGUGAGCUAUCGUCGCUCAGUUCUGCGCAGAGGUGAACUUCCAACCAUCGUAGUCGAAGCAUAUGUGGCUUACGGAUGGGAGAGAUAUGCCACGGCUGGCUACAAUAUGAACACCUUUGGAAAGUCUCUACCUGUGGAUGAUGUUUACCAAUACUUUGGUUUCACUCCAGAGUCAAUUGCCGACAGAGUUGACAGUUAUGUCAAGCGUGUCAAGGCCGAGCCUCAAUUGCUUUGGGAGUUCCAGGACUUAAAGACUCGUCCUAAGCACGACAAGUUGUAA